AUGUUCACGCAAUGCGUUGUCAAGUUUCCCAUCACUUACGGCGGUUAUAUCAAAAACCACAAGACACUCGAUCACGAGCAGUCACCCAUCAUGGUUGACCACCAUGAUCCCAAUAAACAAUACUUGUUCAAGUCGGGAAGCGCUGCCAACCACAAACAGGACCUGGCUCUACACGUCCUGAACGCCACCUGA